AUGGCCGUCCUCCCGAUCAAGAGCAAGUUUCGUGGUCCAGCACCGCAGGCGGAUCCGUCACAAGCCGACAUCAUCGACGAGACCCUUGACCUCUUCCGCGCCAACUCUCUCUUCCGCAACUUCGAGAUCAAAGGCCCUGCCGAUCGUCUACUCAUUGUCCUCAUUCUUUUCGUCUCCGACUGCCUUGCCAAGCUCGGGUCGGCACGCACUGUUCCAAGCCAGAUAGAGGCUACAAAGAUGUUGAACACGCUUGCCGUGGACAACUUCCCAAUUCCCGGCGACGCGAACUUCUCGCUCAACGCACACUAUGCGCCACCAGCGAGUAGGGCAGAUGCUGACUAUCUCCGUCAGUACCUCAUGCAGGUACGGCAAGAGCUGGCUGGCCGCCUUGCGGAGAAGCUCUACGCAGACGGCACUGGCAAGCCGAGCAAAUGGUGGAUGUCAUUUCAGAAGAGGCGCUUUAUGAGCAGGAGCUUGGGCGCAUAG